AGGCCAAGUUGGAGACAAAGGCACUUAAGGCUAAACGACCGGGCUUCACGGAUGAUCGUUAUAACGAAACUUCAUAUUAUAUAGAAAACGGCCUCCGUAAAGUGUACCCUUACUACUUCACAUUCACUACCUUCACGAAAGGACGGUGGGUCGGUGAGAAAAUCCUUGACGUAUUUGCACGAGAGUUCAGGGCUCAUCCUGCAGAAGAAUAUGAAAGAUGUAUAAAGAGUGGAUCCCUGACUGUUAACUACGAGAAAGUAGACAUAGACUACAAACUGAAGCACAACGAUCUCCUCGCUAAUGUUGUUCACAGGCAUGAGGUGCCAGUCACAGCCGAGCCCAUCAUGAUAGUCCACAUGGACGAAGACGUUGUCGUUGUUAACAAACCUGCUUCCAUCCCAUACCUCUUCGUAGACUUUGAGAGAGCUUAUGAUAGCAUCCUAAGAGAUGAGCUCUACCACGAUAUGUUGGGCCUGGGUGUCCCACCUAAACUUGUGCGACUGAUACAAGUGACAAUGAAGGAGUUACAAUGCACAGUCAGAAUCCAAGGCGAUAUGUCGGACUACUUUGAAAUGCAGAAGGGACUGCGUCAAGGAGAUUGCUUGGCAUGUCUUCUAUUUAACAUUGCCCUCGAAUGUGCCAUUAGAAGAUCACAAAUUCAGAUUGGUGGAACGGUCUUUAAUCAUUCAGUGCAAUUACUAGGGUUCGCCGAUGACAUUGCAUUGGUUGGAAGAACAAGGGCAGCUAUAAAAGAUGCUUUCUUAGUGCUACAAGGAGCACCAGCGAGAAUGGGCUUAAAGGUCAAUGAGAUGAAAACAAAGUUUAUGCGGGCCGACCCAAAGUAUGCGGCAAAUGUAGAAAUCAGAGGGAUGACGUUUGAAGAUGUCUCGGAAUUAAUAUACCGUGGCUCGCAAGUUAAUGUAAAUAACGAUUUGAAUUCGGAUAUACAGAGACGCAUCAUGGCCGCAAAUAGAGCUUAUUUUGGUCUCCAGGGACAUCUCAAAAGUAGAGUGGCCUCUCGUAAAACCAAGCUGCUCUUGUACAAAACCAUGAUCAGACCAGUACUAACAUAUGGGCACGAGACCCCAGUAUUGGCCAAACCGCUCAGAAUAAUACACCUCGAUGACGAUCUAGUGGUUCUCGACAAGCCCUGCUCUCUUCCGGUACAUCCCUGUGGAAGGUAUCGACACAACACAGUCGUCUUCAUUCUUGCUAAAGAAUACCAGUUGAAGAACCUGAGGACCAUCCACAGGCUGGACAGAUUGACGAGCGGUCUUCUUCUCUUCGGCAGGACCCCGAAGAAGGCGAGGCAGAUGGAACACCAGAUCAGGAACAGAUUGGUGCAGAAGGAAUACGUCUGUAGAGUUGACGGAGAAUUCCCGAGUGAAGUUGUGGAGUGUUCAGAACCUAUCGAAGUUGUAAGCUACAAAAUCGGUGUAUGUAAAGUGAGUUCAAAAGGAAAAGAGUGUACGACUACUUUCACAAAAAUUGGUUAUAACCCCGUGACCAAAACGAGCGUCGUCUUGUGCCAGCCUCAUUCAGGUCGAAUGCAUCAAAUUCGAGUCCAUCUGCAGUAUCUUGGUUACCCAGUCGUCAACGAUCCUUUGUACAACCAUGAAGUAUUUGGACCUGAGAGAGGCAAAGGAGGAAAUAUCGGUAAGACCGACGAGGAAUUGAUUAGAGAUCUGAUCCGUAUUCAUAACGCUGAAAACUGGCUUGGUAUCGAUGGUGAUUCCGAUCUCUUCAAGCCUUUGCUCAACAUGGAUGACGAAGAGAAGGGUGGUAGUAGGGAAGCAUCGCCCUGUGAAUCAUUACCGACGAGAGAAGACAAACUCUCCGUCACAGAGAACUCUGAGAAAGUUAUAUCAGCUGUUCCUGCAGUCGCAGAGGGCAAGGUGACGGUCGCCACUCAGACCGGGCACGAUGCUCCCGACCUCGCCUUCCAGCCUGAGAAGAUGACUACCGACCCGCAUUGCUAUGAGUGUAAAGUCAGGUACAGGGACCCCAAACCGAAGGAUUUGGUUAUGUACCUGCAUGCUUGGAAAUACCAGGGUCCAGGGUGGUUUUACCAGACGGAAUUGCCGGAUUGGGCACGCGUUGAUUGGGUAGAUCCUGAAGACUGAAGAGAUAGAAAGAGGAGUGUUAAUACAACACGCGAGAACCAGGUCCCGAUCUCACUCAAUGUUAAAUAAAUCUCUUCCUCUUAAGUCAGAGCUUUACUUGGUUUCGUAACCAAGUGUUGUGGCCUUCAAGUAGUCAAUUCAGUUCAAAUGACACAGGAAAUGGGAAAAGCAAAAAUAUUGUUUUUCCGCGUUAAUAUUUUCUGCUUAGAAAUAUUAACUGUCCAUCAAGGCUCGAAUCAUGAUUUUCACUUAUACAAUAACAUCUAAAGUCAUUUGAAAACCUCUGAAGGUAAAUAAUAAAGACAAUCAAUUUAAAUUUGCUGCUUAUAUAAAAAAAAAAAUAUAUUGGCUAUUUAACGUUAACUUUUAUUAAUCAUAAAAUUAUAAAUGGUAUAUUUGUUCUACGUUUCGCUUAAUAAUCAGUGUAUAUAUAUACGUAAGUGAGCCUAUAUGGACAGCUAAGCUUCUAUAUGUUUCAUACUAUGUAUAAAUAUGUAUACAUAUUUUUAUUUAUAUAAAUUUAAUAAUAGUUUGUUUUAUUUCCCAAGAACUACUUUAUAAAGUUCUUGUUAGUGCUUUGUUAGUAGAUUUGCUAGGCCUGGGUUCUCUUCUUGGUUAGUGAUAGUUCGAAUUUGGUUAUUGUGUAGCUGUAAGUUAAAAUUUUUAAUUAAAAUUUGUUUUAGUUUUUAAAUGAAGACGGUGAAUUUGUAUUGUCUCAUCAAGGUGAAAAUGCUUAUACAAUCCUCUAGUCAUGAUAAAGUUGUCAAUAGUAUUUCGCUUGCGUUUUAAUUUUUAAUGUUGAAUAUUAAAACAAAAAUAAUACUCAAUUCUAAUUUUUUUUUUUAAUUCUUAUUUUAUACUAAAAUGACAUAAAUUAUAUAGGAAUAGUCGAUACUAGUGCGGAAGCACUACUCCAGGACAGCAGCUAGUUUCAAGAUCACUAAAAGGACUGUAAAUGAAAUUCUGAAACAACCCGAGUGUCUAAAAGACGAUUUAGAUAUUUCUUUUUAUAUAUCUAAUUCUUUUUAGUAUUCUAUGAACAAGGAGUUAAAUAAUACGAAUUUAACUAAUAUUUUUACUAAUUGACAUUAAUUAAGCAUAAACAAGAUACUUAAUUAUCAUAAUAUAUCCUGAUCGUAUAUUGUUCAAAUUCUAUAUUUUAUACCUCUACUGGCCGGAGACUCUUUUAUCCAGGGGAGAAAGAGUAAGCGUAAACACAUUCACUUUCUUAUUUUAAUAGUCCUGAUCUGAUUUUAUGUAAUUUGUUUCUGUUUGCCGCCUAAACUAAAUCUCCUUUCUUAUUUCGUUUAAAAAUUCUUUGCGAUUUCAUGAAACUUCUUCUGUCUAUCUUCAAGUCAUAUUCUCUUUUUCAAUAGAAUAAGUAUCACUUCUAUCUGUCCAUAAGUAAACAGAAGACCCUCCUUGGGCACAUCCAGCCUCUAUAAAAUGGGGGUUGAGUGUGAGCUCAGUCAAGCCACCUGUUUGCACAAUAUAAUUAUACUUCCUUACAAAGUACUGAACCCAAGACUCUUCAUGGGUUUUAGUUGUCCAGUUUUUUUUAAAAUAAUCAAUAUACAGUUGAAAUUCUUAAUUCAAUUCUCCUAAGAAAUAAUUACCGAAAAAGUCAUAAUUUUUAUGUCGCUGACCUACGAUAAUCCCCUUUGCUCUUCAGUAAAUCGCUUCCAGUCCAUUUUAGGCAAAAAUAUGUCAAAAGGGCAAGCCUUUCAUUAUAUCUUAACAUGGUUGUAAAUACUCUGUUACUUUGGGAAUUCACUCCUGAAGAGUAUUCAACGGUGAUUUUGAAAUCAGCAGCCAUUUUGGAGUAGUGAUUCGGAACUAGUAUACCAGUGUUGAAAUAAAUUAAUUAAAAAACAAAAUCAUGAAUGAUAAUAAUAGAGUCAAAUAAUAAAAUAUCAAAUCACAUUCUUGAGUGUUAUAUCAUUUUUUUUUUUAGCAUUUAAAAUUUUAAAGGGAUUGAUAAAUUUUACAUCCUUGAACAAUUUUUUUUCCUUUGAAAUUUGAAAAAGGAAGAGACAUAUCAUUGACACCAAAUUAAUUUUGGUUUUGCAUGCUGUAUUUUAUAAUAUUAUGUAUUGAAAAUUAAAUAAAUUAUAUAUGUAAAAAAGAAAAAAAAAAGGUGGUGUAAAUGUUUCUUAUCGAUGUUACGAGCUAUGUAUAUAGCUUCAAGGAAACGAAUUUCACCUCACCGCUAUUUUAGUAUUUGGAAGGAUUUUCCCUUCAUCCGAGCUUAGUUUAUUAUAAUCUAGGUCCAAGCCAUCGCGGAUGGCGAUUCUUUUACCAUUUUACUUGGCCCAUUUUAGUCAAGGAAAAGACACUAUUAUCUUAGAAUGUAUGUCAUUAAUGUAUAAUAUUGUUUUUAAAAUAAAAAUUGUUUGUUUUGUUUGGUUUAAUUUGGUGUGCUAUUACAAUGGUCGAGAUUUCCUCAGAUUUUGAAAAAAGUGUAUUAUUUCACAAUUUUUAUAAACUUUAAAACCAAGUGUUUGUUUAUCCUACAACUAGAAUAUUUAAAGAUUUAGUUGGGAAGUUGCAUUUUUAUCAUUUGGAUUAUUUAGUAAAUUUUAUUUUAUUAUUUUAGUACCAUAUUUUAUUUUGAGGUAUUGGUUAAAGAUUUGGACCCAUGAAUUUCAGUUAUUGAACUAACUUUUACUUAGUUUUAUCUUCUUUUUUUUUUUUAUUAAAUUAAUAUUUUAUAUAUUUACAAUUGUUCUCGAGGCACCAAUUGUCAUUUAGUAAAGUAUUGGUUUUUACAUAGUCUAUUAACUAACAAUGAAAAUCUUGGAUUACUUCUAAAUAUUUCAAUUUUAACCAUCCAGAAGGGAAUAUCUCUAUUUCUUUAUUUUUAUAAUUAUCGACAUCCAAAAACAUUAUAAUAUAAUAUUAAAUAUAGCAAGUAAUGAAUUUUCAAUAAAUAAGUGUAAAAAUUGGUAUACAGACUUGAAAAUGGAUCCAGAAAGCUAAAACCUCGUACUAAAACAGGGUGGCAACCGAUCUCGAAUGGGAAAAGUCAGAGAAUUUUCAAAAUAGGAAAAAAUCAGGGAUUUUUUUAAGUACAUAAAUAUUUUUUUCAAAUUGAAAAUCAAUAACAGUAGAUAUCGUUUAUAAUGAGCCUUGAAGGGGUAAAUUUCAUUGUUAUAAAAACAACCAUGGUAUUCAUCCACCUUUGACUGUAAAUAACGGCACUGGUCGUUAUAUUGAAAUUAAACUACCCUUGUUGAAUAACAUUUAAGCAAAAUGAACCUGAAACAGUGUUUUUUUGAAAAUAAAAACAUAACAACAUUAUUUACUAUUUCUUAUAUAUUCUAUAUUAGAUCUGGCAAGCACUCAUUUGUCCGACCCGCAGUGUUCCUCAAAAGUCCAUUUAUUAACCAUAAAUUGAACGGUUGAUGUCAUAUGGAUAAUUAUUAUGCUGUUUAUAGUAAUAAAGAAACUACAUUAAUAUUAUAAUCCGCUGUAGCUCACUUUAUUUUAUAAUAGAGAAAAUCAGAUCUUUAUAUGUCAAAUAUCAACUUCUACCUCCUCUCAGUUUAUGAAAAUUAAAUAAAUUACUAAAAGUUUAGUUUUCUUAAAUAAAAAAUCCUAAUCAAGCUUAAAAAAUGUUUUUACUCACAUCAUUUUGUAGUAAAUUUUCUUUCAUGUAUAAUAAAUAAAUUUAGUUAUAAAUUGAACAUUUUUAAUACUUGUAUCUGCAGGCAUAUUGGUCGGAGAAAACUAUCAUAAAAUAGGGAAAUGUCAGGAAAUUUUACUUUAAUUGUUUGUUAGCCACCCUAUAAUAUUAAAUAAAGCAAGUAAUGAAUUUCAAUAAAUAACUGUAAAAAUUGCUAUACAGACUUGAAAAUGGAUCCAUAGAAAGCUGAAACCUCGUACUAAAAUAAAUUGAAACAACACUUUAUUAGUGACUAUUGGUAUUUAAUUUUUAAUGGUAUGAAGAAAUCUCGAUGAGUAUAAUAGUAUACCAGAGUUGAUGUUAAGUUGGAAUGAGUCCUAAAUGUUAGUAGUUGUUUGUCAGUAUUAAUUAAUUAUAUAAUAAUAAUAAUUAUAAUAAUUAAUUAUAUAAAUUUGUGAAAAAUGUUGGGUGGGGAGGCUGGAGAAACUCCUAUGAACCCCAUUGUGCCUUCCUGUAGCCCAAACGAGAAAAUUUUGUUUUUCUAAAUUUUCAUCACUUUUAUUAUAUAAAGGACGUUCGUUCUCUUUGGGCUUCAAAUGCUUUUCACAUUAUCAGAGUGCGUGACAGAUUUAAAUUAUUUUGAAAAUAGAAUCUAUAUAUUACGUGUAUAUCGUUCAUUAAUAAACAUAAUAAAAACCAACAAAAAAAAAACACAUAAAUAAAUCAAAAAUACAAUUUAAAAAAAAAAUACACUUAAGAAAAUAUUUUUAAAUAUGAUAAUUUUAAAUGUGAAUAUAUUUGUGGAUGUUUGGAAUAUGAAAGGUUGUUUAUAAGUAGUAAAAUAAAAAUAAGAAAAAAAAAAUUCUAUUACGAACCAAUGUGUGUUUGAUUACCAGUAAACGACUAGUCAAAGCUGACUCUUAGGCUAACCGACCCAUUGGCUUCUAUAGAAUGGAGUGUUCAUGUUCAUAUUCGAUGGAGUAGUUAUGCACAUAAUAAUGUUAUUUAAUAUAUAAUUUUUUAUGACAAUAAAACAUUCUAUUCCCUGAUGAAAGCAAAGACAUUAUGUAACAUGUGAUUUAUAAUGGCAAAAGUUUGCCGUAUUGUUUUUUGAUAUAAUUUUAUUUCUUGUGUAGUUUUACAAAACCAUUUCAAAUAAAAUGUUAUCAUAUCACAUAUCAAAAUUGCGAUUUUAUCGAUAAUUUUAUAUUAGAAUUACAUUUUAAAAGAAUUUAGUGUGUUCUCUUCUUCCUAAAAAAUCAUUGUGAUUUAUGUAAUUUUUUUUUUUUUUGUUCUCUUUAUUGCUCAUUUUUAUUGUGCUGUACAAUAUUUAUCUUGUUAAUGUUAGCUAAUUUUUUUUUGCACAAUGUAAUUUAUACAUUGUUUUAAUUCUUCAAAUGGAUUGUUUAUUUAUGAAUACGUUAAGAUGUAGCUAAAUUUGUGACAAUAAUAAAAUAGUGAGUUUAAAACUUGUUGAUUUGUAUUUGUCAUAAUUAUUUAAAUUUUAAUUAUAAAUUUGAUUUUUAUUUCAUUAUUAUUGAAGUAGGGAAGACAAAUUAUUAGUGUACUCAAGCUUAAUGUUAUGCUUGUGAUAAACGAAAGGGAAUCUGAAUUAGCCCCGUUUCUGAUUUUGAUGUUGAUUCAUGUUUGUAGUUUUAUUGUAUUUGUAAUUAGUGCUGGGACCGUUAAAUGCUUAUUUUAUUUUUUUGAAUUAUGUAGUCUUAUAAGUAAAAUUCAUUUCACCUGUGUAUAUAAUAUAAAUAUGUCAAAAGAUGUAAUUAUGUAUUCGGGUGCAAAUGCCUAGUUUUGUUUUAUAAAAUUUGAACUGUUUACAUAAUUUUAAUUGCAUAAGUAAAUAGACAUAUUUACCUUUUAUUGUAGUUUUUUUAUACCUGUUAUGCCAACAUUUCAUAUUGUUUCUAGGGAAUAUCUUUAGACGAGUGAUUUACAACAUGGAUAAUAUACUCUUGCAACUGUUUACUGCAGUACAAUGUACAAGCUUAGUACAAGGAAGCCUCAAGAUGUGAGGAUCUUCUGUAUUCUAAUCUUUACAGAUUCACACACACACUGGAAGACUUUCAAUCAUAACAUGAAUUUAUAAAUAACAAAUAUAGGAAUAUUUAUAAUAUAGUAAGAAAAUACUUAUCAUAUCUUCUUUAGC